AUGCGCUUAAACCAGUUUCUCCUGCUCGUGACUCUCACCUGCAUCGCUUGCGACAGCAUCGUCGCGAGCUCGAAAGACUUGAUACAAGUCAAGACCUUGAAUGCGAAUUCUCCACGCGAGCGGACGGAUGGAAUCCAUCGCAAUCUAAGAGAAGGGGUGGUCGAGGCUAAUAUCGCUGACGUGGAAGAAAGAAUCUUCUCCCCAAAAAUCUCUGGUGGGGUUUUCGAUGGUUUAAUGGCCAACCUUCAAAAGGUGGCCAAAUUGCCGACAGAAAAGUCCGCUGCUUUUAUGAAGCUCAUGAAACGCCUUUAUCAAUCGCUUAUCAGUAGAUUCGCGAAAGCUAAGCUGAGUAAGAUGAAUAAAAAAAACAUGCCUCAUUCAACUAAGACAUUAAGCGAGGGCAAGAAGACUACAAGUUCACCGACUGAGAUUGAGAAUCCAGGCGCAAUUGUAAAAGUCUCGCCUGUUGAGUCGACACCAAAGACCGCUUCAACCGCUGAUUCAUCACCAAAGACCGCUCUAACCGUUGAUUCGUCACCAGAGACCGCUUCAACCGCUUUGACGCACACUGGAAAUGGAAACAAAGAGACCGCUAUCGUACCUUACGAUUCAAGAAAAGGAAGUCUAUGA